UGACAUGUGACGCGGGCUCCACCACUCAAGGAGGGGAGCUGGAGGAUGGCGAGGAUACAGAGAGAGCUGUGGCUUUAGCCCGGCUCUAGCAAACACUGACGCUCCAGUCAGGCCACCACCGUGGGACACCACGUCUCCUGACAGAGAGAGAGAACCUAGGUAACCUCAGAGCCCCUGCCCACUGACGGACCGGACCACCACAGCACCACAUCUCCCUGCCACCCUACCCCAGGCCGCUAACAGGACGUUCAGAUCCGAUACAGCAACGGUUGGUCAUUAUCAACUGUAGAGAGGGCUGGCGACGACUCUGGCACCACUUCAGGCACGAGGACAUGGCUUCUAACAGCAUCUUUGACUCCUUCGGCAACUACGGCCCCACUCUACUGAGAGACCCUACCACCACCAGACGGUUCACACCGCCCUCCACGUCAUUCCCCUGCAGCAAGAUUGGAGACGGCAGCGGGACCAUGGGCACCCCUGGACCACUGAGGACACGACCCGAGGCCAGGAAUGUGGUGGACGUCCUGGCAGACCACGCUGGCGAGCUGGUCCGGACAGACAGCCCAAACUUCCUCUGCUCGGUGCUGCCCUCACACUGGAGGUGCAACAAGACACUCCCUGUGGCUUUCAAGGUUGUCGCACUCGGUGAUGUGCCCGACGGGACUCUGGUCACGGUGAUGGCGGGUAACGACGAGAACUUCUCUGCGGAGCUGAGGAACGCGUCUGCGGUGAUGAAGAACCAGGUUGCCCGCUUCAACGACCUGCGGUUCGUGGGCAGAAGCGGACGAGGAAAGAGCUUCACGCUGACCAUCACAGUCUUCACUGGUCCCCCUCAGGUGGCCACCUACCACCGUGCCAUUAAAGUGACCGUGGAUGGGCCCAGGGAACCCAGACGUGAGUACUUACAGGGACACAGGGUGAAGCUGGAGGACCCCCAGAAGAUGCAGUUCUCUGAUAGGCUGACAGAGAUUGAGCGUUACCAGCGGGCCAGCCUGCGGAUGGGGCCUGGUAACCCCCAGCCCCGGCCCAUGCACCAGAGCCACCUGGGGCCCUCCACCCAGUCCCAGAUACAAGCCCUGUGGUCUGACCAGAUUGACCCACCAGCUCUGAAGACAUGCAAGGUGGAGGACGACCUCAGAUGGUCAAGUCCCAACGCUGAUCUCUUCCCCCAGAGGACCUCCUUCCCCUCUCUGUCCCCACUGACUGACCCCCGUUUCUCGGACCCACGCAUGCACUACCCAGGGGCCUUCACCUACUCAGCCAACCCCUCCAGCACGGGCAUCGGAGGCCUCAGUGUGACGGGAAUGUCUGCCUCCUCCCGCUACCACACCUACCUGCCCCCGCCCUACCCGGGCAACCAGAACCAGGGCAGCCACUUCCAGUCCAACUCCUCCCCCUACCACCUGUACUAUGGUACCGGGUCCGGCUCCUACCAGUUCUCCAUGGUGGGCCCGGGCGGGACCGGGGGUGAGCGUUCCCCCACCCGCCUGCUGCCCUGCUCGGGGGCCUCUGCCUCUGGAGGUGGCAACAGCCUGAUAAUCCAGGGCCUGAGCAACCAGAGCGAGGGGGUGGAGGCGGAUGGCAGCCACAGCAACUCCCCUACGACCAUGAGCGGGUCUGGACGCAUGGACGAAUCUGUCUGGAGGCCCUACUGACUGUCAGACAGCUAGAGGAAAUGUAGGACAGAGAAGAGAGAGAGAGAGAAAGAAAAAGCAAAAGUAAAGAAGUUAAAUGAACAAAAAAAUAUGAAUCCUUCACCCCAAAAAUAAAUGUUGCAUGUUUGUCUUUUAUUUCUCCCGCACUCGUGUCGUACCCUUUUCCUAGUUGACCAAAGACAUUCACUGUCUCUCAGAAUGCCAUGGCUAGAGGUGGCCUUUAUGCAAGCCAUGGGUAUACCCUGCACUGUGACAGGGAUUACUCUCUGAGACUCUGAAAGCCAUAGAAAUCUCAUUAUUUUCAAUUGAUGAGUAAGAACUGCAAAAUAACUGUAAAUAGAUGUAUGGUGUUAGACCAAAUAAGCCAUAGUAAUAUAUCAGGUUCUUCUGAAAAACAGGUACAACAUGCAUACCAUAGACUAUGAAAAGGCAAAACCUUCACAUCCAUUGAUUCUAUGCAGCUGAUGAAUGGUAAAAAUGCAAGUGCUGUUGUGGCUAAUCAGCCAACGAGACCAAAACUAUCCUUAUCCCUCAGAUGACAGGACCAUUCUUGGCAUUACGAGCUAAGCGUCCAGACCAGUGACUGUACUGCCUCAACGGCCUUUGACUGUCAUGUGAAAACAGAAGUCAAAUAGGAUGUUUGCUUCACAUGACUCAGAACCUGCCCUAGAUGACUUGUGGCUGCAUUGCUAAUGUAUCCUGAAGUUUUUAUUUUGUGUGAGGUUUAGAGAUUCAUCCUUCAGUCAAUGAAAGAUCAUCAAGAACAAUCCAUGGUCUCAAAGUAGUUAUGCAUUGCUUGACAAUUGAAUUUAUUAUCUGUACUAGGAUAGAUCAGUCAUUGGAGGUACAGUAAGCAAUGCUUAUUCAAAAUGAACAACAUUAUGUAUUUGAGUGAAACUCAAAAGUCGUUAAUGUAUUGAUAAUCUAUGUAGCAGAACAAUAGCUGAUGUUUUGAGGACUUUCCAGGACUUUAGCAGAGAAUAGUUUUUUUUUAAGCAGGAAUUUUAUGGAUUCCUGUCUUUUUAGUUUCUUGGACUGUUAUCUUUAUUUUUACUUAUGGUAGGCCUAUAUAUUUCUUCAUUGUGUCUGCAAACUGUUCUAGUAUAUUAUGUCUAAUACAGUUUACUUUUUUAUAUUUAUUUGAGCCAAAUUUGAGAAAAUGUUCACUUAUGCCCCAAAACAUUUAGCAUUUCUCUCUACCUUAUCUUUUUUAUAUAAAUAUUUUGUUUAUUUGUUGUUUAAUAUAAAAUUUGAAUUUGUGUAAUAUAUUUCUUCUAAAUUAUGAAAGAAAACUCAACUUUUAAUGUUAUUAUUUUGUAUUUCAAUGUAGCUUCGAGGCACUAAAAACAUUCAUGGUAUUCAACCAUUAGAAGCACAGAUCCCAACAUUAAUUCCACCAAUCACAUUACUUAUAAGAUCCCCCCUUAAACAAUCACCCAAUCACCAACCCCCAGCCUCUUUGAGCUCCCAAAGCCAUCUUUCAAUUUUUUUCCACAGAUUCACAGUUCAGAGAGAAGAAAAUAAAUACUUAAGGCACACAACCCACAUUAUGUGGCUAUGCAGAUCUUGUUUCUUUGUUUAUCAAACAAAGAUACUAACCUGUAUGAAGAACGAGUGAAACCUCACACACACAAACACACACACCACACACACACACCACUCACAGACAUUAUCCCUGUACCCCAGGGGGACACGGAGAGUAGGGAUGAAGAUAGAGGGUUUUCAAAGUGGGCAAUCGUGAUGGUUUAGCGACCCCCAAUCUUUGAGCUCAUACAGUAGACAACAAAAAACAUUGCUAGCAUUUGUAGCUCAGAAAAAAAGUUAAACUAAUUCUAUUGACAAAUCUACUACCCUAUGCCAUAUUUUUGUUUAAGACAAUCAAUGAUAUAAAGAUUCAUUCCUAUCGCUUGGGGAGAGGAGGGAAAGAAUAGCAUGUUCUUAGAAUCACUGUGUUCCUACCCAUCCCUUUGGGUUUGAAGGCCUAACUUUAGAUUGGGCCAAAUUCAUGCAGCUAUGAGAAACCAAAGAUGUACCUGAUAUCAUGUGGUUAUAUCAAAACCAAAGAAAGGCCUGUAAUAUUGUUCCACUGAGGGUUUGGAUUUGUUGUUUUACACAAAAUGUCUCAGUUGGUUUCCAAGAUCUGUUGACAAAAUGUCCAUAACUCUUAAGAAAGAGGUUGUGUGUAUAUCAUGAGGCAUUUGCAAAACAGGGAGGUCAAUUGUACAAUUACAUUUUAUUUUACGUUGGAUAGAAAAGCACAAAGCUUAUGUUUUCUUUACUGUUUCUUUUAAACAACCUCCUCUUCAUUUUGUUAUACCAUAAUGUUAAUUCAUUUUGCUCAAAGCAUGUAUGUCUGAAGCUGAUAUGUUAAUUUAAUUUUCAUCCAUGUAAUAUCCUUAAAGACUCUGUAUUAAGUGCUUGUAAAGUGUGUGGAUAAUGUCGUUUUUAAUCAUUUUAA